GUGAGAAGAAAGGCCACACAAAAGCUUGCUCCGAUUGUCUGUUUCAAGAUAAAACAAAGUAUUCAUUCAACCCCAAAAAUAGGCAUCUCCAAACUUCAGUUUCUCACUUCCCAAGCCAAUAUAAUGGCUAUCUCUUGCUGCUGCAUCGUCAACCCAUUAAAUUCCCCUCCUCUCUCCUCAUCAUUUAACGGAUUUCUUGGAUACCCAACUCCCCAAUUUCUCCAAACGCUUACUAGAAAAACAACCCAAAUCAAAGGCUUGGGAAAUUCUGAGAAAUCAACAAAAACAAGCAACAAUUCAACUCCUGGUUUCAGGAUUAGAUGCGGGUUUUUGCCUCUGGAUCCGUGGGCACCCAGCAUUGGUUCUCAGAGUGUAGCCUCUCAGCUAUUUGCUGCCUCUCUUCUCCCUUAUUUGGGUUUCUUGUACUUCAUCACCAAGUCCAAGACUGCCCCCAAGCUCACCCUUGUUGGGUUCUACUUCUUGCUUGCGUUUGUUGGCGCUACGAUCCCUGCUGGAAUUUAUGCAAAAGUGAACUAUGGCACCUCUUUGGCCAAUGUUGAUUGGCUGCAUGGUGGUGCAGAAUCAUUACUUACUAUUACCAACUUGCUCAUUGUUUUGGGAUUGAGAGAGGGCUUAAGGAGGCUCCGGGCUGUAAAUAGGGACACCACUGGCUGAUUCUAAAACAAAAGAGCAGUCUUCUGUCUAGAUUAGCAUGAAAAGAGAUGAAAAUUCUUGGUCUUCCUUAUUUCAGCUGGCUUUUUGUUGCUCAUGAUCUACUCUCAUCUGCUGACAUAUGUUCAUGCUAAAUGAGUCACCGGAAGCCACAGCACCACAGCUUUUUUGACCUAUGUUGUUGUCUAUGAAUAGCUCUUUGCCUAACAAAUAAAUGUUUGGGAGGAUAAUUCUGAAAAUUCUCCGCUAUUUAUACUAUAAUUGAUGACAUUUUGUUCAACUUUAUUUUUCGAUGUUUCCAAACUUAUAACAUGAUUAUGUCCUAUUUCCAUC